AUGGGCCAAGUGAUACAGGUGCGAUUGUGGAUGGAGUUGUAUGAUUUGUGUACGAAGUGCCGCUCGAGGAUUACUGCUGCGGCUUGCCUCGCGGUGGUGUGCUCAUACUGUGGUUAUCAUAUGAUUCACCGACGGAUAGUGCACGUUAUUGUAAGGAUGCCACUGCUCUCAUCCUUCCAUCGGGUCAGGUAAAGAAUAAUUUACUGCCCAACCAUUACACCUGCAUCCAUAUUCCUCACGCAAGGUCGUAUGAUUGACAAACCCAACUUAGGAAUGGACAAUCUAAAUAUCUGGUAGACUACAAUAAAAAUGAUAACAUACAUGACGUGACAUCACUAUAGUACAUUUCUCCAUCAAUAUCCUGCCGCCACCUCCAGCCAUUCACUAUUCACCAAUAGUCCCAAGCGAGCAAAGGAAAAAAAGAAUCACACAAAUGACAAGUGUAACCUUAUCCUACAGAACGAACGUUUCACGACCACCACCAAUGUUCAGUGGGGGAUGCAAGAGCAAUCCGAAACGCCCCUCCUUCCGAUGCAUUCUCCAGAUCUGCAC